UGUACCCAAGUAGCUCCUACCAGUACAUGUUUGCUCCUCCUCAGCCUACUGCUGUCUUCAGGGCACCUGGCAAAGUUCCAUUGGAGAGCAACCUGGCAGCACCUUCAGGACCAGUUCCCUGCCUUUUCAGUGCCCCUGGUAAACAGGUAUCAGAGGCACAGCAACAGUGGUGCUGGUUGGACUCCCCUGCACACCAGCAGCACCAACAACAAGCACCACCACUACCACCACCCCCACAAUUGUCUCAACACCAACAAAUGGCCCAGGGUGCCCCAAGGUUCCCAUCCACCUGUUGUACCUGCAGUGGACCCCAGUACUUCUACUCACAGGGCCCAGCUCAAAUGCCUGCACCUUACUCUGUAAUCAGGCUCAGUCAUGAUUGUGAUGAUGAUGAAGAAGGAAUCAAUGGAUCAGACCCUUCUUCAAGGCAUGACAUACACGAGUUGGACAAGGACUGAUGGUGGCAACAAACAGGAAGCUCUUCCAUCAACCCCCUCUGCCUAUUCCCAAGCAGUUUAUCUCAGCAUCCAUUCAUUUUCUUUUUGCCCCCUCAGCAUUUCAUCAAGAGUGUAUCUCCCCACCCCAAGGCCAUCAAAU